GACAACAUGGCUGCCGCAGCAGGUCGCUACUACAACGAGGGUGGCAGAGCAACGAAAAGACAGAAAACCGAAGACGGGAUGACGACGGUAAGCAUUGACUGGCGACUUCGUUGGGAAGGAAAAGUGCAUGCAUCAUUUUUUUAUUUUUUAUCCAGUGUUUUGGAACUUGAGUGUGCAACAACAUGAAUGCUGAACACUAGCUAACCUGAGCCAGGCGGAACUAGCUAGCUAAGGUAACUACUAGCUAGGAGCUAGCCUCACAACCGGUAUUUUUGCUAGCUAAACUAGUUAGCUAUUUGUUAUGUAUUUUUCCAGUUUUGCAAACUAGUCAACUUUAUUAAACGUAGCUAACAUUGCUUUCUUGCGUAUUUUUUUCGUUGCAGAUGUGCGGCUAAUAAAGCUAGCUAGUUGGCUAACUAGGUUUCGAACGUAAGUUAGCCUUGUACGAUGAAGGUUAGUCUGCAGGCUCACCAUAAUUCAACCAAGCGGCAGGCAGACAGACAGACAGCCAUUCCACUCACUUAUGCACGGGAUUGGCUUUUCAAGAAGAUCAGGCGCUUUAUACAAAGCCCACCACCCUUUAAAUUAUGUUUAUGAUGUGGUGUUCGUAUCAAGUACACACGUUGCUUGCCUUUCCCAUCAUUGCUUAGUUAGCUUGGAUUUGUGUUGUACUCUUGGGUGGUUCCUGUGGUGCCCUGUCAUCAAUGGCAGGUUGGUUUUAAUUGGUAGCACAUACCCUGGGGAUGUAUAUAUUGCAUUGGUAAUCUGUACUGGUUUUCUCUAAUCAACUUUUUGGUCUUGUUUGUAAGGAGGGCUAUGAUGACCCCCAUAAAACGCUCCCUUCCCCAGUGGUCCACAUCAGGGGCCUUGUCGAUGGCAUCAUGGAGACAGAUCUAGUGGAAGCCCUGCAGGAGUUUGGGACCACAAGGUGACUAUCCUACACACUUGAAUUAUCCUUUUCUUGGACCAGAUUUUUAUUUUUUAUUUUGCACCAUUCCAAAUUCAUUGGCGAAGUCUUGUUCCUGUAGGUUUAUCAUGCAGUGCAUAGAAACCAAAUUAUUCCAACUUCCAUUCUAUUCACAGUUAUGUGGUCAUGAUGCCCAAGAAGCGCCAGGCCCUGGUGGAGUACGAGGACAUGAAUGGAUCCUGCAAUGCUGUGACCUAUGCAGCCGAGAACCAGGUCUACAUUGCCGGGCACCCUGCUUUCAUCAACUACUCCACCAGUCAGAAGAUCUCCCGGCCCGGAGACCCAGAUGACUCGCGCAGUGUCAAUAAUGUGCUGCUGCUCACCAUCAUGAACCCCAUCUACCCCAUCACCUCGGUAACACACCCACUAUUAUACAAGGCAGCUGUUUCAUUGCCAUGACAAGGCACAAUUGUUUGGCUCACUGCGUUGCGUUGUUUAUCAUACCAUUUGUCUCUUUGCUCUGCAGGAUGUGCUGUACACAGUCUGUAACAACUGUGGGCCCGUGCAAAGGAUUGUCAUCUUCAGGAAGAAUGGAGUUCAGGCCAUGGUGGAAUAUCCUUUGCUCAAAAUCUCAUAUUGUUAAAUGUCAUAUCGGGCCCAGAAUCUCGUCACCACACACAGGUUCACAUUCCCCACAGUGCAUGCCACACUUGAAGCUCCUGUCAGUACCCCUGACAGUCGUCAUCUGCAGAUGGUGGCUAGUAAAUAUUUGUGCUUGAUAUACAGUGCUAUGAAAAAGUAUUUGCCCCUUUUCUAAUUUUCUCUACUUUUGCGUAUUUGUGAUACUGAAUGUUAUCAGAUCUUCAACCAAAACCUAAUAUUAGAUAAAGGGAACAUAAGUGAACAAAUAACACAACAAUUACAUAUUUAUUUCAUAAACAAAGUUAUGCUACACCCAAUUCCCCUGUGUGAAAAAGUAAUUGCCCCCUUACACUCAAUAACUGGUUGUGCCACCUUUAGCUGCAAUGACUCCAACCAAAUGCUUCCUGUAGUUGUUGAUCAGUCUGUCACGUCGCUGUGGAGGAAUUUUGGCCCACUCUUCCAUGCAGAACUGCUUUAACUCAGUGACGUGUGGGUUUUCAAGCAUGAACUGCUCGUUUGAAGUCCUGCCACAACAUCUCAAUGGGGAUUAGGUCUGGACUUUGACUAGGCCAUUCCAAAACUUCCAAUUUGUUGCUUUUUAGCAAUUUUCAUGUAGACUUGAUUGUGUGUUUUGGAUCAUUGUCUUGCUGCAUGACCCAGCUGCGCUUCAGCUUCAGCUCACAGACGGAUGGUCUGACGUUCUCCUGUAGAAUUCUCUGAUACAGAGCAGAAUUCAUGGUUCCUUCUAUUAAGGCAAGUCGUCCAGGUCCUGAGGCAGCAAAGCAUCCCCAAACCAUCACACCACCACCACCAUGCUUGACCUUUGGUAUGAUGUUCUUACUGUGGAAUGCAGUGUUUGGUUUUCGCCAGGCAUAAUGGGACCCAUCUCGUCCAAAAAGUUGACUCAAGUUUGCCAAAAAGCACCUGGAUGAUCAUCAAUACUCUUGGAAGAAGAUUAUUCAAAAGUAUAACUAUUUGGACGACAUGGUUCCAGUAAUGCCUGGCGAAAACCAAACUUUGCAUUCCACAGUAAGAACAUCAUACCAAAGGUCAAGCAUGGUGGUGGUGGUGUGAUGGUUUGGGGAUGCUUUGCUGCCUCAGGACCUGGACGACUUGCAUUAAUAGAAGGAACCAUGAAUUCUGCUCUGUAUCAGAGAAUUCUACAGGAGAAUGUCAGACCAUCCGUCUGUGAGCUGAAGCUGAAGCGCAGCUGGGUCCUGCAGCAAGACAAUGAUCCAAAACACACAAUCAAGUCUACAUGAAAAUGGCUAAAAAGCAACAAAUUGGAAGUUUUGGAAUGGCCUAGUCAAAGUCCAGACCUAAUCCCAAUUGAGAUGUUGUGGCAGGACUUGAAACGAGCAGUUCAUGCUUGAAAACCCACACGUCACUGAGUUAAAGCAGUUCUGCGUGGAAGAGUGGGCCACAAUUCCUCCACAGCGAUGUGAGAGCCUGAUCAACAACUACAGGAAGAAUUUGGUUGGAGUCAUUGCAGCUAAAGGUGGCACAACUAGUUAUUGAGUGUAAGGGGGCAAUUACUUUUUCACACAGGGGAAUUGGGUGUUGCAUAACUUUGUUUAUGAAAUAAAUAUGUAAUUGUUGUGUUAUUUGUUAACUUAUGUUCCCUUUAUGUAAUAUUAGGUUUUGGUUGAAGAUCUGAUAACAUUCAGUAUCACAAAUAUGCAAAAGUAGAGAAAAUUAGAAAGGGGGCAAAUACUUUGUCAUAGCACUGUAAAUCUAAUUGUGUAACAAGUGCUCAUUUUGUGAGUAGAGCUUUUAAUUACAAAAGGAACAUGGAAUGUGUAAAGUAGGCGUAGUAUGCAUUUAUUACCCGUAGUUUCCAUGACUUCCCAUACAUUUGACGCUGUGCAAAGUGCCCAGAGGGCAAAAGCCUCUCUAAAUGGGGCAGACAUCUACUCUGGCUGCUGCACACUGAAGAUAGAGUAUGCCAAGGUGAGUGGUUACAUGCUUAUCUCCAAUUGUCCAUCUAAACACUGGGGUCAUUUCACUGAAUGAACACUGCGAUGGACAAAAUAAUAAAAUGCUUGAAUGUCCCUCUUUACAGCCAACCCGCCUCAAUGUGUUCAAGAAUGACCAGGACACCUGGGACUACACAAACCCCAACCCGAGUGGCCAAGGUAAAACACACACAGCCCCUCAUCCCUCCCCAUCCCCUUCUCUCUUCCCCUCCUCCUGCUCUUAUGGCAUUGUGGGAUGGGUAGGUUCCCAGGCCUCCGGGCGUAGUGCCUUUGAACGCCCUGCUCCAUGGUGACUUUGGCCACGACGAGCAGUGAUGCGGGUGAGGCACUACUUCUGUGACGCGUCACCCCGUGUCCUCAUGCUCUCUCACAACACCACAGACAGUAAGGGCACGCGGAGUGACCUUGAGGGGCAGCCAUUUUGCAGCACAUGCUCCUUCAUCGCAGACCACUGCAUGCAUUUUUGGGGAAACUGAUGAAUGCCUCGUUAUGUCACAAUGAAGCAACUGGGGUCUCGUCUCACAGGUUCACAUUCCCCGCAGUGCAUGUCACACCUCACUUCCACACGUCAAGCUCCUGUCCGCACCCAAGCACCUUGUUACACCCUAGGUGUCUCGCUUGGAAUGCCCCUGCACCCUUUAAUCUCAAAACAUAUUGGAGAUUUUGUUUGAAAAAUAACGCUUAUGGUUGUGUUUUUAGUUUGACCAAUCUCUGGUAAAGUCAGGUUUAGACAUUCGAAUCUGUUCCUUGGGGCUAAAGUGUCUGUAGGUUUUUGUUCCACCCGGGGGGUGUUAACAACCUCUGACCCUGUAGCUCUCAUGGACCAGGUUUCCCUGCUUUUUGGGUGGCCUUUAAGUUAAAUUGUAUUUCAUUAGGAACCUCUAUGGUAACAUUGCAGAGACAAGUGCUCAAGGAAUCCAUGGUAUUCCUGGAACAUUCAAGAAGUCCAGUUUACGACCUGUCAAUCAGUCGUUCACUCUGACUAUUUGUGGAUGGCUGUUUUGAAUCCAAGCAGGGUUUCUUGUGUCCUUCUGUUGUCUCCAUUUGUAGAUGGUGUGCUGCCUUGAGUGCCAAAAUAAAAUCCUAGUAUCCCAGUAAUGCAGGGUUCUUCAAUUCCGGUCCUGGAGGGCCGAAACACUUCUAUUUUUUAUUUCUACCUGGUAGUUAAUUGCACUCACCUGGUGUCUCAGGUCUCAAUUAGCCCCUGAUUAGGAGAGGAUGAAAAACAGAGGUGUUUCGGCCCUCCAGGACCGGAAUUGAAGAACCCUGCAGUAAUGUAUGAUGCUUGGUAGAUACAUUCAUCUAACAUUGCUCUCUUAGUUCAACCUUUUACAGCGCAGAAUAUUUGGCAUCUGAUGGGACACAGUGAAAUAGCAGUAUUUCAUUUGCCUUGCUUCUAGCUGUAUGCCCUGAUCCCUUUAUGCAAAAGGGAACACAUUUUUAGUUGAGGUGGUAGUCCAUUUGACCACUGUGGUGAGCUGUAAUGUUUGGUGUUUCAGAUUCUCAUAUUUUAGCCACAAUGUGUUUUGGUCUUUGUAGUUUCAUGCACACCAUGGCCACAUCUUCAUUUCAGACAUUUGACACUCGGGAGGUAACAGAUAAAAGAACGGCAGUGUUUAGACGGCCCCUGUUAAGGUGCAGCCGGUGCUCCUCCUCGUGUCCUUACUGUGCACACUCAUACAGACUCGCCUACAGCCCUAAGCAGACACAUGCUGCAACAGCACCCACCCACAGGCAUUCCAAACCAACCAGUUCCUCGAUUUACAUCGGACACAAUGGGGGCAGCAGACACUGGAAUUCACACAACCUGAAUUCUUCCUAAUCCCAAUUUCCACCACCACUCUCUCCACCUCUGCAAGGAAAAAACAUGUUACUCGCUGUUGGUUUGGGAAAGGUAGCCAUCCUGUUUUGAUCAUGUUGAGGGCCUGAGACUCCCAAGAGUCUGUGAGCAGACACCCAGCAUUACCCACCACCACAGACUGAUCUGAUAGAUUGAUAUCCAUCCAUCCUCCUCUUACAAGUACAGCUUAUCCCAUCUCCAGAAUGCUGAAGAUCUCACCUUUUGACACAACACAUUUUGUUUAAUGGGGCGGAAGUCUUGUGUGCGGCCGAUAAGGCCACUCCUCCCAGCCCUCGGGAUCCAACUGUCACAGACACCAACCACUUCAGCGAGCAACAGAGGAGUUUUCAAAACACACAAAACAGCCUGAGAAGGGAACAGAUGACACUACAUACUGAGACAAUAUACAGAGGCAGAGACCACUUUUUCUCAAACUUACCCCUAUGCCGUCCCGUCUCUUGACUUGGGUGUGUGGGCUUCCUUUUACUAUCACUCUCCCCUCUUGUGCUGAACAACACAACACACCACCGAGCUGAAUACUCACGGCAACAACACACCAAGUUGAAUCGCCAUGACAACACACCACCACGCAGACAAUGCCAUUCCAGAUGAUUUUACUGCCAAGCACUAGAUGCCUCACUUCGCCAUGGGGGGACCACAUCUAUUGUACAAAAAAAACAAGCAGCACAUGUGCGGCCCCUUACAUGAGAAGACGCACUGCACAAAACCCAAGGGGGACCACGAAGACACAAGCAUCAAACACCCGCCAAGCAUACAAGCACAGAGGCAAACUGAUAGAAACCUCAGCAUUUCCCAAACUUCUCUGCAUUGAUGGACUCGGGUGCUCUGUUUUUUCCCUUUUACCCUCCCCUCCCCCCUAUUCUCUCUGUGCUGUUGUGUUGAUUCUACUACGUUGUUAAUUCUUUCUGAACUGGCCUGUAGUGAUGCCUCUAACGCCUCCCGUGUGAUGCAGGUUUGGCUCUGUGUGUCUGACGACAAGACACGCCUCAAUCAAAUGGUGCAAAUGUCCUCCGGCUUUGCGGUCAAAGCACGGUAAGCUGGAAAUGUGCCUCAAAUGGCAACACUUAAAAAACAAAGCAACCAACUUGAAGCCAAGCGUGGAAGAUUGGUGGAUUCUCUUUCUCUGGUGGGGAAAUGUGGAACCAGUGAGUUGAAGCUGGAGUCACAGGUUUGGUGGGUAGGAUCCUUACUGAAGAGUGCCCCCUACCUGCCUUCUGCAUCAUGUGUUCUCCAUGUCUGGUGCUUUAAGUACAUGUAAAGAGACAUGACUGACCUGGUGAUAGAGAAUGAUUGUAAUGUAAAUGUCUGCUUGUUGUGAUUGACUAUGUGUCAACCCCAUAUGUGAAUCGUUGACUAAUCAAAUUCCAGGUCUGGAAUCUCCUCACUGAGAUUGCUGCUAGUGCUCUUUAGGCUAUCCUCUGUAAUAUUGCUUUAAAAUGUGUAGUCUCACAGCAACAUUUCUGAAAAGGGGGAAAAUGGAAGUGAAUUUCUAGUUUUCCAUAUUUUGAGGCAGACCACUGUUAGAUGUAUAAGCUGAAGUACAGUGAGGGAAAAAUGUAUUUGAUCCCCUGCUGAUUUUGUAUGAUUUUGCCCACUGACAAAGACAUGAUCAGUCUAUAAUUUUAAUGGCAGGUUUAUUUGAACAGUGAGAGACAGAAUAACAACAAAAAUAUCCAGAAAAACGCAUGUCAAAAAUGUUAUAAAUUGAUUUGCAUUUUAAUGAGGGGAAAUAAGUAUUUGACCCCUCUGCAAAACAUGAUUUAGUACUUGGUGGCAAAACCCUUGUUGGCAAUCAGAGGUCAGACGUUUCUUGUAGUUGGCCACCAGGGUUGCACACAUCUCAGGAGGGAUCUUGUCCCACUCUUCUCCAAGUCAUUAAGGUUUCGAGCCUGACGUUUGGCAACUCGAACCUUCAGCUCCCUCCACAGAUUUUAUAUGGGAUUAAGGUCUGGAGACUGGCUAGGCCACUCCAGGACCUUAAUGUGCUUCUUCUUGAGCGACUCCUUUGUUGCCUUGGCUGUGUGUUUUGGGUCAUUGUCAUGCUGGAAUACCCAUCCACGACCCAUUUUCAAUGCCCUGGCCUUCCAUCGUUCCUUUUGAUGCGGUGAAGUUGUCCUGUCCCCUUAGCAGAAAAACACCCCCAAAGCAGAAUGUUUCCACCUCCAUGUUUGACGGUGGGGAUGGUGUUAUUGGGGUCAUAGGCAGCAUUCCUCCUCCUCCAAACACGGCGAGUUGAGUUGAUGCCAAAGAGCUCGAUUUUGGUCUCAUCUGACCACAACACUUUCACCCAGUUCUCCUCUGAAUCAUUGAUGUUCAUUGGCAAACUUCAGACGGCCCUGUAUAUGUGCUUUCUUGAGCAGGGGGACCUUGCGGGCGCUGCAGGAUUUCAGUCCUUCACGGCGUAGUGUGUUACCAAUUGUUUUAUUGGUGACUAUGGUCCCAGCUGCCUUGAGAUCAUUGACAAGAUCCUCCCGUGUAGUUCUGGGCUGAUUCCUCACCGUUCUCAUGAUCAUUGCAACUCCACGAGGUGAGAUCUUGCAUGGAGCCCCAGGCCGAGGGAGAUUGACAGUUCUUUUGUGUUUCUACCAUUUGCGAAUAAUCUCACCAACUGUUGUCACCUUCUCACCAAGCUGAUUGGCUUUGGUCUUGUAGCCCAUUCCAGCCUUGUGUAGGUCUACAAUCUUGUCCUUGACAUCCUUGGAGAGCUCUUUGGUCUUGGCCAUGGUGGAGAGUUUGGAAUCUGAUUGCUUCUGUGGACAGGUGUCUUUUCUACAGGUAACAAACUGAGAUUAGGAGCACUCCCUUUAAGAGUGUGCUCCUAAUCUCAGCUCGUUACCUGUAUAAAAGACACCUGGGAGCCAGAAAUCUUUCUGAUUGAGAGGGGGUCAAUACUUAUUUCCCUCAUUAAAAUGCAAAUCAAUUUAUAACAUUUUUGACAUGCAUUUUUCUGAAUGUUUUUGUUGUUAUUCUGUCUCUCACUGUUCAAAUAAACCUACCAUUAAAAUUAUAGACUGAUCAUUUCUUUGUCAGUGGGCAAACGUACAAAAUCAGCAGGGGAUCAAAUACUUUAUUCCCUCACUGUAGUUUCUAAAAUCACAAUUCACUGGACAUUUUAGGAAAUGUCUCUGGUUGUGUAGCUGUAUAUUAUAGCUAGCCAAUGUAAUAUAUAUUAAUUCACACACACAGGUCCAGCAUUAGUCCAUGGGAAUAUGAAAUUCCAUGCCUUGUUUUUGUCAAAUGCUUUUCAGACUGUUGCCCAUGGGUGGGGUGCUUUGCAUUUGUUGUCAGGCUAUGAAACUCGACUCAUGUUAGAAUCAAAUAAACAUUAAGCUUAGCUACUAAAUUAUAUUCAAUUUAUUAUUAGUGCUAUAUCGCAUUACUCCUAACUGGGGAGAAGGGUUGCUCCUUUUAACCAGAGUAAUGACUAUGUUGUGUACAUUUUUAAUAGAAUUGUUCUGAUUUGUAAAAAAUCGUAAUACAUGUAGCCGUUAGUGUUUGAAUUAGUUUAGUUGUCGGGGUUGUUCUAGUUUUUCCUAGAUGGAAUUACAUUUUUUGCAACAUGUUACUGAUAAAUGUUAAUUUGAGAAUGUCUUGCUUUUGGUUGAAUAUUUGUUUAGAGUUUAAGUUUGUACAUUUGUUUUGAUUUUGACAUGUGUAUGUACCUGCACAGAUGCUGACGCUGAAGGCAAUUGGAACAAUUCACAAGGUGUGUGUGUGUGUGAGUUCGAAUGAUAAUGAUUGAGUAAUAAUGAAGGGAUACGUUAGUGUGUAAGUAUCCGUUCCAUUCGCUAUGCUGCUGUUAAAUCCCUAUACAAAUCUCCAGUAUGUUACAUUUUGUUUUAGUUAUGGUAACAAAUAGUAUGAGGGCCUGCAUAAACCUUUAACUUAUGGUUCUAUUAAGACAGUACAUAUCUUAACCCAGUUUCUUGUGCAUGUUAAUCACAACACUGCCCCAUAGUUUGUAGUUCCCCUUUUGAUACACUGUCUUAUCAGCAUUCAGGGGCUAACUUUAUUGCUAUUUCUUGCUCUCAGAUCCCAAUGCCAACCCCAACAAGCGUGCGAGACCGCCAGCUCUACUAGGAGACCACCCUCCAGAGUAUGGUAAGUAUAGGCAGAGAAGUUCAUUGUACUAUGAGCGUCACAGGUCAACUGAGUUGGUAUGUCUAGAAUGACUCCAGUAACGGUUUGGGUCGGUUUGCCCAGUAAUCACCUCUCAGUCUGUCCAUUCCUCUCACAAGGCGGGCCGACCAGUGCUUAUCACGGCUACCAUGAUGAAAGUGGCUACGGCCCCCCUCCUCCUCCUCACUAUGAGGGCGGGCGCCGCAUGGGGCCUCCGAUGGGAGGGCGUGGCCGCGGACGUGGUGGAAGCUACGGGGGACCUGGGUACGGACACGGCCCACCUCCCCCCGGUGACUACACCGCCCACGCUGACUCCCCCGUUGUCAUGGUGUACGGCCUGGAGCCUGCGAAGAUCAACGCCGACAAGGUCUUCAACGUCUUCUGUCUCUACGGCAACGUGGAGCGGGUGAGUCCAGACAGGGGAGCAGUGCAUUACUGAGGCAGGGUUUAUAGACUGUUCAUGGUCAUGUUCUUGCUGGGGUUCUAUGGCCAUGUUGGAGGUGGGUAGUAGGAUAGUGUUUCUGAACCUCCGUCCUCAGGUGAAGUUCAUGAAGAGUAAGCCGGGGGCAGCCAUGGUGGAGAUGGGCGACUGCUACGCUGUGGACCGCGCGAUCAGCCACCUCAACAACAACUUCCUGUUUGGACAGAAGCUAAACGUCUGGUCAGUGCUGCUUUCAAACUCUGCAUACACAUUGACAUCCACAGAAACUGACUAGUAACACAGACGAGCACAGGUUUGUGGUGUUGAUGUACACGGAGACUCAAUGUUGUCCAUCCACGGUCCGCAGUGUGUCCAAGCAGCAGGCCAUCAUGCCUGGUCAGUCCUACGAACUGGAGGACGGCUCCAGCAGCUUCAAAGACUUCCAUGGCUCCCGCAACAACCGCUUCACCUCCCCGGAGCAGGCAGCCAAGAACCGCAUCCAGCACCCCAGCAACGUCCUGCACUUCUUCAACGGGCAGCCUGACAUCUCCGUGGAAGUAUUCAACGGGGUGAGACAACUGGAGAGGAUUCAGGGGCUGGGAGCUUUGGAUUGGGUUGUUGGUUUUCUUGGAGAGUUGAACGUUACAAGUUUACUUACCUAGUUUGUGUGUGUUGGGGGAAAAAUUGAUUUAUCAUGAACAAACCCUUUAUCUAUCCUUUCAGGUCUGUGAGGAACUUGGUGUGAAGAACCCAUCCAGCAUCAAACUCUUCACCGGAAAGAGUGAGUGAUAUGAACUUUAUUUGCAUGAAUAGUGUUUUAUCUGGUCUUUAAAUUGGAGUGAAUUCCUGUGGGUCGGGUGUUGCAGUGUCAAUAAAUUGGAAUGUGUGUGUCUCGCCUCGGGUGGCGCGACAGGUGAGCGGAGCUCAUCCGGGCUGCUGGAGUGGGAGUCUAUAAAUGAUGCCAUGGAGGCUCUGGCCAUGAUGAACCACUACCAGAUGAAGAACCCCAGUAAGUACUCCGACUGCGAUAACAACACCACAGCUAAUGAUACCAACGGUGAGCAAAUACACGGUAACUAGUCUGUCCUUCAGGAGUGACUUUCCCAAAAACAUGAUAAUCUUUAGCACUAAGAUCAUCUUAAGGCCGGGAUUCAUUCAAAGGCACGGCACUACCCUACCGACUAUGUUCGCAGAGAUCAAAUUCAUGGUAAACGCUGCAGAUAUUGGCUCAAGCGUAAAUGGAGUAACUAUGAUCUUAAUGCUAAAGAUGAUCUUUGUUUUUGGGAAUCCACCCCAGACUAGUUAAUGUAUUAUUCCGGCCUGACACAAUCUCUCCAGUUGGCUAACCUCCCCCCUCCCCUUUCUUCCAGGUGGUCCGUACCCCUACACACUGAAGCUGUGUUUCUCAACCGCGCAGCAUGCCAACUAG